AUGAGUAUAGAACUUCAACUUAAUUUUGAAUACAUUGGGUCUCACAUCGAAGAUUACCUUGAUGACAAUAGGUUAUUUACUACAUUCGAAGUCGAAGACAUCAAUCAGAUCAUGAAAUUCGCAACUUUGUCAACAAAUGACUACACUAAGAUGCUGAAACAAGCUCAUUCUACAGUCAAUGCAAACAAACUAUAUUUAUUCACUCGAAAUGCAAAUGUUACGACACAAAACCUUGGAGAUGUCAUUGAACUUCUUAAAUCAGUCGGAGAAUUCAUGAAAAUGAGAAUACUUGAUGGAGCGAUUGACCUUUUAAUACAAUUGGAAAAAAUAUUGCCUACUUCGGCUAAGCAAAUCCAAAAUUCUAAUCCCAAAUCAAUUAAAGAAUACAAUGAAAAAGAAAUUCUAUCAAAAAUUCACGAACUUAGGCAAUCUGAUGAUAUUAAAUGCAUCUACAAUUUCUUUGAAGAGCUUUCAUCUCAAGGAAAUCAAAAAAUGAUUUCAAAAGCUUGUAUAAGUGAACUUACGGAAAGGGUACCUUUUAAAAACAGAGUGCUUGGAAAUGAAAGAAAUAUACUUCAUAUAGCAUGCGAGAAAGGAAAUCUCAACCUUGUUAAAUCACUCAUAGAAAAUGGUUGUCAUGUAGAUACUGAGGAUGAUCAUAAAUGCUGUCCACUAAUCUAUGCCUCAAUAGGAGGCCAUCUUGAAGUUGUUCAAUAUCUUAUCUCUAAAGGAGCUGAUAAAGAAACAAAGAAUAAAGAUGGGAAUACUCCACUCAUUUGUGCAUCAUAUUUUGGCCAUCUUGAAGUUGUUCAAUAUCUUAUCUCUGUUGGAGCUAAUAAAGAAGCAAAGAAUAAUGAUGUAUAUACUCCACUCAUUUGUGCAUCAGCUAAUGGCCGUCUUGAAGUUGUCAAAUAUCUUAUUUCAGUUGGAGCUGAUAAAGAAGCAAAGAAUAAAUGGGGAAAUACUCCACUCAUUUGUGCAUCAUAUUUUGGCCAUCUUGAAGUUGUUCAAUAUCUUAUCUCUGUUGGAGCUAAUAAAGAAGCAAAGAAUAAUGAUGUAUAUACUCCACUCAUUUGUGCAUCAGCUAAUGGCCGUCUUGAAGUUGUUCAAUAUCUUAUCUCUAAAGGAGCUGAUAAAGAAGCAAAGAAUAAAUGGGGAAAUACUCCACUCAUUUGUGCAUCAGAAACUGGUAAACUUGAGGUUGUUCAAUAUCUUAUCUCUGUUGGAGCUAAUAAAGAAGCAAAGAAUAAUGAUGUAUAUACUCCACUCAUUUGUGCAUCAGCUAAUGGCCGUCUUGAAGUUGUCAAAUAUCUUAUUUCAGUUGGAGCUGAUAAAGAAGCAAAGAAUAAUGAUGUAUAUACUCCACUCAUUUGUGCAUCAGCUAAUGGCCGUCUUGAAGUUGUUCAAUAUCUUAUCUCUAUUGGAGCUAAUCAAGAAGCUAUCCAAUAA